CCGCCGUCGUCCCCUGCACCUCAUAACCCGAACUCUUCCUCCAAUCCACCGCAUUCUUUCCUUUACGCCCUAUAUCCAUCAUGGCCGAUCAACUGUCUGAGGAGCAGAUCUCUGAGUUCAAGGAGGCGUUCUCCCUCUUCGACAAGGAUGGCGAUGGCACGAUCACGACGAAGGAGCUCGGGACGGUCAUGCGCUCCCUCGGGCAGAACCCGACCGAGGCUGAGCUGCAGGACAUGAUCAACGAGGUCGACGCGGACGGGAACGGCACGAUCGACUUCCCUGAGUUCCUGACGAUGAUGGCCCGCAAGAUGCGCGACACGGACUCCGAGGAGGAGAUCAAGGAGGCGUUCAAGGUCUUCGACAAGGACGGCAACGGCUACAUCUCCGCGGCGGAACUCCGGCAUGUCAUGACCAACCUCGGGGAGAAGCUCUCUGACCACGAGGUUGACGAGAUGAUUCGUGAAGCUGACGUUGAUGGCGACGGUCAGAUCAACUACGAGGAGUUCGUGAAGAUGAUGCUGUCGAAGUAAACAAACGGUUGUGCCCGUUGUACUUUCUAUCACGUCGCUUGUACGGUAUCUAUUCCCUGAGCAGCCUGUAUACGAAUUCCAAACCGGCUUGUCUAAACAUUAUCGUUAUUGACCC